AUGAGUCAGGUGACAGCGGAAAGGUUUACUGGGACUUACAGACUUUUAUAUGAGCUAUUAAAGGGAGAAUAUGUUGUGCAAGCUGCGAUAAUUGGUGUGACUAUCCGGCUUGCUGCUGACAAGUUCAUGAAUACAAAGGACGAUGUCGCGUUAUUCAGUAGUUUAUGGACUACUGUGAUUGGAUUUGGGAUGGGGGCUGUGGUUGAAUACAGGAGUCGGACCGCAAAGAAGCAUAGUCAAGAGGAUGGAGUGAAGCCCAUGUGUACAGAUUUCCUUCCUUCGUUCAACACUGUGUAUCUAUUAUUCCUCCCGUUUAUGAUUGCAUUACUAUUUAACCGAGAGUUGGCAUUGGCGAACUGUUCUAUGGCUUUUAAUGCAGCUAGUAUUCCUGUAUACUUCCGUUUGCCGCUACAAUUAGCAGUGCCGCUGAUAAACUAUGAAUUUUAUGAUAAGAGGAGGAGGAAUAUGGUUGCAGUGCUCAUUAAUACUGUCAUAUGUUACGCAUUGGAACAAGUGUCUGAGUUGAAAUCGUUGGAUAAAGUAGAUUGCAAUUUGUUCUCGAUAUUGUUAACCAAUGUGUUGUAUAUGAUUGAUUCUGAGUCACUGCAUUUUUCAAUAUUAAGGAUAUGCUUGUACGGGUUUUUUAGUGCAAUUGCAGCUAAUUAUGUGUUAUCGUUUGCGUUGGUGAAAGUCCAUCCGUAUGCGAGGACGUUGGCUUUGCUGACCAGCUUUGCGUUGAUCUUCCCAGCCACCGUUCUGACCCAGCUACAUGUCAGCGAUCGCCACAAUGCCUUAGUAUGGCUAUGCUACUAUAUUUUGGAGAGUCCGACACGAAUGAAGAUAUUGGGUUGUUGGCUGGUAUCCUUACUAAUUUUGGUCCCUAAUAUUUUUGCCUUUAAAUCUCACCUUUCGUUGAAUAUGUCGCGAAAGAUCUGGCAUUUUGCUUUGUUGCCCCUUUUAAUUCCUCAGAUGACCUUUGACCCCGAGUUUACAGUCCUUGCUAUCGCUGGAACGUUAGUGCUGUUUCUAAUAGUCGAGUAUUUCCGUUAUUUGAACCUUGCUCCCUUUGGUGAUUUUAUCAAUUCCCAGCUGCGCUCGUUUACGGACUUCAGAGAUGAUAAAGGUCCAAUAAUAAUAUCAUACCUAUAUCUAAUAAUUGGAGUAUCAUUUCCGCUUUUAAUUAACCAUUCCCUAGUGGGUGUCAUUAGUUUAGGUGUCGGUGAUUCCUUAGCAUCCAUUGUUGGCAAGAAUUUAGGUAGGAACCGUUGGCCAGGGACAAAUAAAACGGUCGAAGGAACUGCAGCUUUCAUACUAGCUACAUCAAUUGUCAGCUUAUGGUGUAAACACUACCUUGCGGCAUUUGAUACAGUUACAAACAAGAAUAUUGUUUUGGUGUGUGUGGUUUCUGGCCUUCUAGAAGGGAACUCCAACCUAAAUGAUAAUAUUUUAAUUCCAUCUUUCAUGUUGAUCUUUAUGGAGCUUUGUAAAUUACGCUGA